UUUAAUCUCUGAAGUCCGAACAGAUGAAGAAGUUGCAGAAGGAGGCCUCUACGCCUCCUCUUGGUCCAGAGCUCAAAUCUGUAAUCCACAAGCAUUCUCUGUUCUUUGAUAAGUUGAUUGAACUCAUACCUGCGAGAUUCUAUCUUCCCGCUGAUGACAAAGGGAAGCCAUGGUUUCAGGGUUUGAGCAAGGUUGCAAAAGCUUCCGCGAAGAAGGAAUCGAAAGAAAACAUUAAGAAAGCUCGAAGAGAGAGAUUGGACCCAGAGACAUCUUCCACAACACUAGAUCUUCUGAAGAAAAGUUUGGAAAAUGAAAAAACUGGCGAGAAAUUGGACGAAGAGAACGAAAAGGAAGAGAUUGAACAUGAUGGACAUUCGAAGGGGGAAGAUCGAUCUGUCACAUACGAAGAACUUAGACAACGUCUGCACCGUCGAAUCGAAGAGCUUCGUUCUACUCGAGGAACUGAUUCUUCAGAUAAAACUAAGAGGGAAAAGAGAGAGAAGAAACAGAGUAAAAGGAAACGAAGCGAAGAACCCGAAGAAAAGGAACCGAAGGUUAAUGAGUCCUCUGCCAAGACCGAGAAAGACAUUUCUGAAGCCUCUGAGGCACUAGCGUUUAGUCAUGUGAAACUCGGAAACGAAGACGACCGUGGUAGGAAGAAGAGGAAGCUUUCGAAGUUGCAGUCUCUUGAAGAGGCAAAGAAGCUGGAGGAGGCGAAGAAGGACCCGGAGAAGGGUGAGAUAAUCUCGAAGAAGCAUUCAUGGAAAGCGGCGACAGGUAGAGCUGCGGGUAUUAAGAUUCAUGAUGAUGUUAAGCUCAUAAGCAAGAGCAUUAAGAAGGAGAAGAAGAAGCAUCAGAAAAAUGUUGAGAAGUGGAAGGACAGAACCGAGACUACACAGACGAAUAAGGCAGAGAGACAGAAGAUUAGGUCCGAUAACAUAGCUGAGAAGAUUCAUCAAAAGAAAAUGCGGCGGAUUGCAAAAAGAGAGAAAAAACUAAUGCGCCCAGGUUUUGAAGGUCGCAAGUAGAGAUUGUAUGAUUCCUGAGGUGGAUAUCUCUAAAAUUUCAAGUUAUUUUCAUCUUUG